AUGUUCAAGGAGAUCCACAAGAAAGCCCUGUCUAUGGGGAUCCAGCAGCACCAGUUGUCCCGCCUCCAGUUCACCCAGAGAGUCCGACAGCCCAGACCACGGCGGCUGUUGCUGUCCUGUCUCUACGACUGCCUGAUGGUCGUGGCCGUGCUGGCAGCCUGCCUCCUGUCCUGGCAGCUUGACUGGCCGGUCAGUAGACGCCACUGGACUCACGCCAUCAUGCUGAUGCAAGGACAAGACCUUUCCCAGUCCACGUGGCACCCUUGUCUCCUCACAAAAACCCGUCCAACUGUACCAAUAUUUCGGCCUGUUGUCCAGUGCGACUUUUGCCAGAAUGUCAGCCAGAUAGUUCGCCUGCCUCACAUUUCAGCGGCGGAGUUCGAGGACAAGUAUGCUUACUCUGGGCAUCCCCUGAUUGUUUCUGACGGGGCCGCCAACUGGUCGGCUGUUGACGUCUUCAGCUUUGAGUUUUUUAGAGACAUCUACGAGCCAGGAAGUCCGGUGCUAGAGUCCAAUUGCCAGUUCUUCGCUUAUGGGUUCUCCCACGUCAGGGGCGUUAACGACGUCUUCACCUUCUACGAGAGUGGUCAGCACUUCCAGAAUGGCUCACAGCCCGUUUACAUUGGAUGGGAAAACUGUGAUAUCGCUGCAGCAACCAAACUCCGCAGCCACUACAGCCGGCCCUACUUUCUGCCGCCACUUUCUCAGUCUUCUCUCAGUGAUUGGAUAUUUAUGGGCAUUCCUGGAUACGGUGCUUCUUUGCACAUUGACAACGUGGGUCUGCCAUCCUGGCAAGCUCAAAUCUCUGGCCACAAACAGUGGACGCUGGAGUCUCCCACCGAGUGUAUCCUACAGUGUCCCGCCAGGCUGACGGCCACGGUACAUCCGGGAGAGAUCAUUGUCCUAGACACCAACAGAUGGUUUCAUUCCACGCUGAUUGUUGGCGAGGAGAUCAGCAUUACCAUCGGGGCCGAAUAUGACUAA